UUUAAGGGGUUUUAGAAGCGGACGCCUCGGGGGAAGAGCAAGAGCGACGGAGAGAGUGGUGGCCGGGUAAAGUCUGUUAUUCGUCUCCUUUAGUUGGGGUUCGACCGAUCUCCGAGGAAUUGCAGCUACUGCUGGUUUCGGUCGCGGGACAACGUGUGGGAGAAGAUUCCAAAUAAAUGGCCACGGAGAGUCCAUUGAGAUUUGUUGGGAAUAGUGGAGCUGGAAGUUGGCUCCUGUGUAAGGAUACACCAGGAAUUGCUUCAACUAGUACUUUAUCAGAAGAGUUGGGAUUACUUUUGAAAGGGCAGAAAUACAAUGGAACAAAAAGUAACACUGGCCUCAGCCGAAGUGGAAGUGCACCUCCUAGCAUGGAAGGUUCUAGUGUAACAUUCGAUAUCUUGCAAACUCUGACUGAUCGCUUUGACGUCAACUUGGAUAGUCUUCAAAAUUGCAAAUCUGAAGAAGAACUCCGAGCUCAUCCAGGUUACUUAGCAUAUUACUGCAAAAAUGUGAAUUUAAAUCCAAGGCUUCCGUCACCUCUUAUAUCUCGGGAGAAUCGACACUUGAUGCAACAAAUUGGUUCCAUUGGGAAUAAUGAAAAACUUAUUUCCUUCAAUGACAACAGCAAUUCAAUUUUCUCUGUCUCACAACAUGCCCUUUCUACUCAUAAUGAGGAACCUGAGGAUGAUAGAUCACCUAGAAUGUCUCCAUUGCAAAGAAGGCACAUGAACCCUAUAGAUUUGGUAGAGGAAGACUUGUUCGAAACUCAAUGUCCUGUAUACAAUAAUCAUUCCCAACAUCCUAACCAUUCUAAAACAGAGCGAGCAGUUAGUCAAGAUUCCCUCUCACACCCUCUGCAUAAUUCUUCCACUGACUUGGCUAACCCAGAGAAGAUAAUACCUAGAAUUGGUACUGAUGGUUGUACUUACUUAGACUUACAAUCAGGUGGGUUAUUGUUGAAUGAUGAUCUGGGGACCAUGCCUGGUCACUUAGCUUCAAUUGAGAAGUCAGUGAAUUUGCAAUCAAGUCAAUAUGAAUCAAGCAAUCGAAGCACCACAUUGGGGGAUGGUGUUUCAACUACCGGUGGAAUUUGUUCAGAUCCUGGUGACAUUGAAAAUGAAGUUAGGAAGUUAAAAUUAUCUGCUCAUAACCUCAAAAAUCAUCAAUUAUGCCAAAACCCUCAGCAAGUUGGCAUGCCAUCACGUGGCUCUUCUUCUCAUUCUCUAGGUAAUGAGUCUCAAAUUAUUGCUGAAGGAAUUUCUCAUUCUCAGGGUAUGGGCUUUAGCUUAUCUCAUGGUCAUCCUGGUCAACCGAAGUUAACCUCAGCUGAUAUGCAAUCAUCAUUGCAAUCUGCUAGUUUUGCCCCAUCAUUAUAUAUUACAGGAUCUGGAUUUGGAACUCCAUACUAUCACAAUUUUCAAUUUCCAGGUUUACCUCCUCAAUUCAGCAUCAAUGGAUGCACAUUGAAUCCCUCAGUAGUGCCUCAACUUAUUAAUGUGUAUCCCCAUCCCCAUAGUUCAAUUCCAGUGCCUUUUGAUAAUCCAGUGGGAUCAAACUUCACCGCUAGAGCUUCUGAGAGUCCCAGUGGGGGAGGUAUUGUUUCUGGAGUUGAUAUGCACUACAAGAACUAUGAACAGCUAACUGUUCAGCCUCACUUUCCUGAUCCCUUGUACGUACCUUUUUGUCAGCAUCCCUCUGUGGAUGCAUUUCAAACCCCAGGUCAAUAUGAUCCAAUGAUCUGUACGGUUGGUGCUAUUGGAAUCAUACCAGGUAAUUGUGAUGCACAAAAGAUUUCAGGUUAUCCUCCCCAUUUAAUUGAUCAUAGGCCUCAAAUUCCAAGAAUUUCUGCAAGCACUCCUGAUUCUACUAAAGGAAUUCCUUUUAGUCCCAGCUACUAUGGAAGCCCUGCUAGCAUUGAUGUCAUGCAAUUGCCAAGCUCUCCACUUGCCUCUCAUGUUUUUAUUGGGUCUCAAUUGCCAAGCUCUCCACUUGCCAGUCCUGUUUUUAUUGGGUCACCAGUAGCAGGUGCAGGUUUUUCAGGAAGGAAAAAUGAAAACAUUAAAUUUCCAUUUGGUUCUGAAAAAAACACAACUGCUUCUGGAUGGAAAAGCCAAAGAGGAUGUGAGAAGGUUGAUGAUCCAUUGCAUUCUUUCUUGGAAGAGCUGAAGUCUAAUAAAGCACGAAGAUAUGAAUUGUCUGAUAUUUCUGGGCGUAUUGUUGAAUUUAGUUCUGAUCAACAUGGGAGUAGAUUUAUACAACAAAAAUUGGAGAAUUGCAGCAUACAAGAUAAGGCAUCUGUUUUCAAGGAAAUCCUUCCACAUGCUUCUUCAUUAAUGACUGAUGUGUUUGGAAACUAUGUCAUUCAAAAGGUAUAUGCUGGAGUGUUGCAUAAUUUGCAUCUAUUAGUUUCUGACCAUAAAUUUGUAAUAAUCCUUCCACGUGCUUCUUCAUUAAUGACUGAUGUGUUUGGAAACUAUGUCAUUCAAAAGUUUUUUGAGCAUGGAACUCCUGAACAGAGGAAUGAACUUGCUUAUAAGCUUGUUUGCAAUGUGUUGCCUUUGAGCCUUCAGAUGUACGGCUGUCGUGUAAUUCAAAAGGCUCUUGAGGUUAUUGAGCUUGAUCUGAAAACACAGCUUGUGCAAGAACUUGAUGGACAUGUCAUGAAAUGUGUCAGAGAUCAGAAUGGGAAUCAUGUUAUUCAAAAAUGCAUUGAGUGCGUACCUACUGAAAAAAUCACUUUCAUAAUAUCUGCAUUUCAUGGUCAAGUUGCAACACUAUCAACCCAUCCAUAUGGUUGUCGAGUGAUUCAGAGAGUUUUAGAACAUUGUACAGAUGAGUCCCAAAGUCGGUGCAUUGUGGACGAGAUUCUGCAAUCUGUGUGCCAGCUUGCUCAAGAUCAGUAUGGCAACUAUGUCACUCAGCAUGUAUUAGAGAAAGGAAAGCCACAUGAAAGAAGCCAAAUCAUCAGCAAGCUAUCUGGGAAAAUUCUGCAGAUGUGCCAGCACAAAUUUGCUUCAAAUGUUGUUGAGAAGUGUAUCAAAUAUGGUAAUGCUGAAGAACGAGAUCACUUGAUCAAGGAAAUAAUUGGAGAAACUGAAGACAGUGAUAAUUUAUUGGUAAUGAUGAAGGAUCAAUUUGGAAAUUAUGUGAUUCAAAAGAUUCUUGAUUCAUGCACUGAUAAACAACGCGAGAUCUUGGUCAACCGCAUAAAGGUUCAUUUGCAGUCCUUAAAGAAAUACACUUACGGAAAGCAUAUUGUUGCCCGGGUUGAACAACUAUGUGCAGAUGCUCCUGAAUCACCUGAAUCAUGAAAUAUGAAGCUAUGUCGCAUUGUCGAGGGCCUCACUUGGAUAAGCUCCACAACCUUCAACAAUGCCGAUGCAUGUCCUGGAAUUCUCCCUGAUUAUUUCAUUGGGAGCCACAAUGAACCACCUAAAUUUGUGAUUUGUGCAGGCCAUGCUCAUCUUGAUAAUUUGAUACCUUAGGUAUCUAUUGAAUGUAUCAAAUGACCUCAAUCUGGUGUGUUAAAAAAUUGUUAAUGGUUGAAAAGUUCAUGAAUGCCUGUCGGUUUUAUGACAGUUGAUCAGGUUAACCAUGGUGGAAUAAGCUUGUGAUUGUAGUGGAGUUUGAUGAAUAACUUCCGAAAAUUAAUAUCUCUGCUUGCAAUCUAAGUGAUACUUGGAUAAA